AUGGCAGAUGAGCUGUUGGAUAAAGUUCGCGACCUUCUUGAGGGGCAGAUUGAUUUUGAUGGACAGAGGCAGACGGAGGCGAUCACCACCUCACUUCUCCCGCUGUCUGCGCUGGUGGCAUUCGCUAUCGGCUAUCAACUCCAAGACAUCCAAAAAACCGUGUACAUUGGUCUAGCUGGAACUGCAUUGACAUUUCUAGUCGUCGUACCACCUUGGCCGUUUUACAAGUCGAAGCCUAUCAAAUGGUUGCCAGCUGGGGCCGGAUGGCAAUAG